UUUCCCGGAGUUAACAUGGCUGCGCCCAGCGAGCUGCUGGGGCGCCGGUGAGGACGGGCGGCCAGGCUGUUGGCAACGUUGCCCGCGAUUCCUACGAUGAUGGCGCUUCGGCCGCGCUUCCGGGAGUUGUUGUCGGUUUGCAGGAACCCCGGGUGUGGGGUCGCGGCUUUGUCCUCCGGUUCCAAGCCAGCGGUGAAGCCUGAAGCAAACCCUCCGGAAAAUGAAGCUGUUGCCCCAGAGUUCACCAACCGGAACCCGCGGAACCUGGAGCUCUUGGGUGUAGCCAGGAAGGAGCGGGGUUGGGGGACUGUGUGGCCCUCCCGACAAUUCUGGCACAGGUUGCGAGUCACAAGGACGCAGCAUCAUAUUGAAGCAGUGGUUGAACAUCGGAAUGGCCAGGUUGUGGUUUCGGCAUCCACUCGUGAGUGGGCUAUUAAAAAGCAUCUCUAUAGCACCAGAAACGUGGUGGCUUGUGAGAGCAUUGGCCAAGUGCUGGCAGAGCGCUGCUUGCAGGCCGGGAUCAACUUCAUGGUCUACCAGCCAACUCCAUGGGAGGCAGCCUCAGACUCGAUGAAACGAUUCCAGAAUGCUAUGAUAGAAGGGGGUGUGGUGCUGCAGGAACCUCGGAGAAUCUAUGAAUGAAGGGGAAGCUCUGUUGGCACGUGUGCGCCAAGCUGUCAGCCGGCGCGGCCGUAGAGGGGAGUUCUGGGAGAGCCGGCUGGGAAACCUUGGAGUGAGAAUCUAACAGCGGAAUGUUACUUGUCGUUAAGUUCAUCCCACCCCUGGUGUUUGGAUUUUUUUUUAUAACUAGGGCUAAGUAUUUCCCUUCUCUUGGACCUGAAAAAUUAUCUGAGAAAAGCUAUUGAUAAUAAUAACUUUUGAAGAACAAGUUAAAUGUUUAAACUAACAAAUAAAGGCAUUCUGUGAACUUUGAUUUUAUGAGAUUUUCUAUGCCUUUGAGCUUGCGGUGACAGACAUAGACAGGGAGCCCUUGUUACUGGGUCUGGCUCAGUGGUGUUCUCAGGUAAGCAGAACAGCUUUGUGAAGGUGUGGAGGUGUUUCUUAAAUAGGAAAUGUCCCUAUCUGACUUAAAUUUACUCGAAGAAGUCUUAAUGUGGAGAUUAAAGAGGCAAAUCCAAACCUCAGUUGGGCUCCUGGACCCUAAAAGGCAGAAGCGGAUUUGCAAGAAGAAAGGCGUGCGAGGCAAACUGAGCGUGGAGGGAAAGGCCAGGGCCGGUGUGCAGUGCUUGUCAUGAAGUGCAAGUCCAUCAGACAGGACAUGAAGCCCUGCGCUUCCGGUUACUCUAAAAUUGAAGCUUUAGCAGGUGGAAUCACCAUGGCGCUUGUCAAGUUGAUUAAAUCAAAGUAAGGCAUAAGCUGUUUAAGACAAGAGGAAGAACCUGUCAGCAGUUAAGAUGGCUUCUCAAGCAGAUUCUCCCAUUUUUUUAAAUGUGUGUCCAAUUACAUAUUUCUUUAGACGUGAAAUAAUGUUACCGUCAAUCUGAGCAUUCAAUAUUACUUUUAAAAGAGAUAGGGCCUCCCUGGUGGCUCAAGGGGUUAAGCACAGCACUAUGAAGCAAUCCGUAGCCUCCGCAGCAUGUGUUCGAUACCCCUCCGGCCAGGGAGAAACACACAUGCGAAGCAGACCUCUCCUGUCUCGCCCGCUGCUCCCCUCAGCAGUGUAUUUCAGUCAGUCUGCCUGUUUUGUUCCCUGCUCUGUCUCUGGUGGAUCCUCUCACCCUCUGCAUCUCUGGCCUGUGCCCCAGCUCUUGUAUGUAUAAAUAAAAAUAAAUCUUUAAAAAAAAAUAAAAGUUAGAUAAUGCAAGCACUAGUGAUUGAAAAAAUGUGACUGACUGAGAGGGAGACAUUCAGGCUGCAGUGUCUUACUCACUAGUCCCCUUUGAUAAUAAGUUCCCCAGAGGGGACAUUUAAAAGUGUACAUUAUAAUUAUGAUAUUUCCUUUUCUGGUCUUAAAGAAUAGCCAGCGCACUCACUUUGAGGACCACAUUUCUGGAAGCCUGUUCAAACAAAUCUAGAAUUCAAAGAGGACGAAGGACUGGACUAGUGGCUUUGGAAAAUGACAGUGGCAGAAGUAGGGUUUACUUAAAAGUGAUGCAGUAGGUGGGGCUCUUCCUGCAAGGAGUAUGCUUGCCCUGGAGGGAUUUCUUCAGUGUGAUGGGCAGUGCUUGAGUCUUCCUGUAAAACUUCUGUUUCCAGGACAGCCUUGACUCAAGACAAAGGGAGGAAAAAGAUGGGGUCGGGAGGAGACGGGGCUGACCACUUGGGCAGUGAAGGGGAAGCUGGGAAGAGGGCCUGAUUUAGGAAGUGCAGACAGGUGUGGGCCAUCCUCCCUGCAGCCGGCCUGCUGAGUACUUCCAGGCUGCUGUUUGGGCCUGUUUGUCCUCCCAGGCCUCUCGACAAGGACAAUGACUGGCAAACCACAUGCAAAUGCGUCCUCAGACCCCUGGAUGUCUGCAGUGAGGUGGCCGCCGGGCAAGGUGGAGCGGCUUCAUUGCAGAGGGCGAGCGUGGGCCACCACCACCCUGCAAGGGGGA